AUGUAUCUUCAAGGGGUUCCCGAUGAAAUAAUGUGUAGAGCCUUCCCUACUACCCUCAAGGGUCCAGCACGAGUUUGGUUCAACAAAAUACCCCCGAAUUUGGUAAGUUCUUUUGAAGAAUUGAGCAAGUUGUUUGUUAAUAAUUUCAUUGGGGGACAAAAACACAAGCGUUCCUCAUCCAACUUGUUGAGCAUAGAGCAAGGGAAGAACAAGAGCCUGCGGUCAUUGAUCACUCGUUUCAACAGAGAAGCCCUGAGUAUGGACGAAGUAGAUGACAAGUUUCUAUUGGCGGCCUUCCAUAAUGGGGUGAAUUCGGAUUUAUUUAUACAUAAACUCUAUGAAAAAGAGCCUCAGUCCAUGGCCGAACUUGUCCAUUCGGCCCAAAAUUUUAUGAAUGCAGAAGACGCGAUCAUCGCUAAGAAGAAGAAGAGAUCUGAGAGAGUAGAAGCAAACCCCAGUCGUCAUUCCGAGCAAGGCUCUCGUCCAAAGAAGGGACGGACGGAAGAAAGGAAAGACCGAGAUAAUAAGAAGUCGGGCUCUUCAGCACGGAAUCAACAAUAUACCCCUUUAAACAUGCCACUUGAGCAGCAAAUUGAAAAUCUCAUAAGGCAAGGGAAGUUGAGGAAUUUCCUUGAACGAGACCACAAGGACGAGAAACUGAAAGGGAAGAUGGAAGAGUCAUCGCGACCACCGCUCAGAGAAAUAAGAGUCAUCAUAGGGGGAGGUUCAACAAGCCAGUCAUCCAAGUCCAAGAAAGUAUACUUGAAGGUAGUGCAGAGCGUCCAACUUUUUGGACGAUUACCAAGAGCAAGGUCUACGGACGAACAAGCGAUCACUUUCACGGACAAAGACGCUGAGAGAAUUCAUCACCCACAUGAUGAUGCUAUCGUCAUCACCUUACUUAUUACUGACUACACAACUAGAAGAGUGCUAGUGGACAACGGAAGCUCGGCAGACAUUUUAUAUUAUCCAGCUUUUCAGCAGAUGAGGUUAGGACGAGACCAGCUCCGUCCAGUAAACUUCCCCUAG